CCAAGAGGGUACUUAAAACAGCGCCAGCUCUACCAGAUCGCCUGUUCUAAUGUAAGUCCUUGUGUCCAGGAUUGCCGGCAUUCGGCUCUGUCCAGCCCGUCGCGAUGGACUACGAUGCCUUGGCCAAAUUGCUGCCGCCGCACGUCGGCAUGCUCUUCACAGACACAAUUCAUCACACGCUCGACCCAGCGAUCGACCCCGCUAAUGCCGCCCUCCCCGACGGCUACACAGUCCUGGUAAUUGGUGCUGGGGGUGGGAUAGGAGAGUACAUCGCCAAAGCGUUUGUCAAAGCGAAAGCAUCCAAUGUCAUCAUUACGGGGCGCUCCCCAGAAAACCUGGCGAGAGUGAAGGGGGAGCUCGAAGAGAUGGCCAGCCGGCGCGGGAGCACCGUCCACGUCUCCACGGAGCCCGGCGACGCAAGCCGGGAAGAGACAUACCCCAAGCUCAAGCAACUCUUGCAAGACCGAUACGGCGGCCGGCUCGAUUGCACCGUGUGCUGCGCAGGCAACAUCACCUCCAUCAACGAAUUCGCCCCUCUCCCCGACUUCCCAUGCGAGAACUUCCUCCAAACCAUGCACAUCAACCUCUUCGGUCCCUUCUACGCUGCCCGCCACUUACUCCCGCUCAUGCUCCAGCCUCCGAGCACGGGAAAGCUCUUCAUCAAUAUCGUUAGCAUCGCGGCACACUUGACGGGCCUGAGCCCCAUCUCAUAUAACAUCGCCAAGCUCGCGCAGACCCGCCUUUCACAGCAGCUCGGCGAGACGUACGCGGACCAGGGUUUGGUGGUUAUUGCAAUGCAUCCGGGCAGCACUCGCACGCCGGGCACGAAGGUGCUCCUGCCUGCGGCUGUCUAUGACGGUAAGGCUCUUCUCUCCGUGCGCUUCGGGUUCGCAGGCUCACGAUGUGCGGGUAGCGUUGGACGAUGACAUUGAGAUGGCUGGGGCGGUGUGCGUGUGGUUCGCGCGGGAGAAGCGCGCCUGGGCUUCCGGGAGGUUCAUCUCGGCCAAUUGGGACAUGUUGCAGCUGGAGGCGAGGAAGGAUGAGAUUGUGGAGCAGAACAAGCUGAAGUUUACCAUGGUGGUGUGAAGACGACUGGCAGCUGUCGACGGUGUGUUGGCGUGGUGCUGCAUCGAAUAAUCAGAAUGCUGGCACUUGUUGAAUACGUUGCAUGCCUGCCUGAUUCCUUGACACUGUACGGUUCGAGGAGGAGUAUCUCGACCGUAGUGUCUGUUGUGUGAUUUGCAAAACAGACCAAGACCUCGAGCUCGACCGAUGUCGCUGCUCUGACUUCAUCUCUUAGACCUUGUUA